ACAGCAAAAUGUCAUCAAGGAUUGAAGGUGUUAUAAUGCGAACGGAGACGAAACGUGAGAAGUGUAAUUGAAGUCCCGGCAAACCCGAUCUUCUUUCGAUAUUUAUUUUAUAUUUUUAAAUUACAUGAGUAUGUAAUUCAUAUAUUGCAACUCCGAGAUCGAAGGUGUUCCAGUUACGGUGUACUGGCCGUGCGAAUUUAUGAGGAGUCUGCUAACAGAGGAACUGCAUCAGAAGAUUUACCAAGUGCGGACGUUAAAAUUUUGAGAACUUUUGACGAAACUAAUCAACUUAAUAUAGAAGAUUGGAAGGAAAGAAUCCGAAAGAAUUCAUUGUUCCUAGCCAUAUCUCCGAGUGAGAAGAUUCGAGGUCUGGUUGUGCGAAUUUGCGAGGAGGAAUUUGACAGACGCGCUCCAGUGGUUUCCCCCCACGGCGCUGCCCGAACUCUUACUUAUGACACAUUUGCGACUCGAUCUCAUGCCCAAACUGCAGUCGAUCACGCGGUGGAGGUUCCCCGUGCGGGCAAACGUCAUCGUGUUCCUGUUCACGGCAGUCUUUAUCUUCCUGUGCAUGCGCUACCUGCCAGAGCGGAAAUGUCAACCGGAUGAACAUACUCUGCGAGGGAACAAGCCCAAGUACCGGCUGAUCGCCCUGAUCCUGAGCAACCCGGAUAACCUGGAGCGCCGUAAUACCAUCAGGAAGACCUGGUUGGCCGAAAGUGACGCCACGGUGAAGCACUUCUUCGUCGUCGGUACCCAGGAUAUCUUGCCAGAGCAGAGGAAUACUCUGCAAUCAGAAAAGCAGAAGUUCGAUGAUCUGCUACUGUUGCCCAGGCUGCAGGACUCUUAUGGCACACUGACGAAGAAGGUUCUCUACACCCUGAAAGCCGUCCACGAGCAUUAUGACUUUGACUACUUGCUGAAAUGCGACGAUGACUCGUACGUGGUGGUGCACAAGCUUCUGAAGGAGCUCGACAAGUGGCAGAGCAAGGGCACCAGGCGAGAACUCUAUUGGGGCUUCUUUAACGGACGGGCGCAAGUGAAGAGAAGCGGUCCCUGGAAGGAAACCGAUUGGAUCCUGUGUGAUCAUUAUCUCCCUUACGCCGUAGGAGGCGGAUACGUUUUAUCUUACAAUCUCAUCGAGUUUAUCGCAAAGAACGCAGACAUCCUUAAACUGCAGAAUUCCGAAGAUGUCUCCGUCGGCCUCUGGCUAGCACCGCUGGCGAACAUCGAGAGAAAGCACGACGUACGCUUCGAUACGGAAUACAGAUCGCGCGGUUGUUCCAAUCAGUACAUAGUCACGCACAAACUUACGGUCCAGAAUAUGCUGAGUAUGCACGACUAUUACCAAGUCUCCUUAGGCGCACUGUGUCCUAAAGAAUUCAGAAAUCGCAUGAGUUAUCAUUAUAAUUGGACCGUACCACCUAGUCAGUGCUGCAACAGACAAUCUGGUAUCCCUUAGCUCAAAAGGGAGAUUCUUACAACGUUCUAGUCGAGUUUUUUAAUAUUUGGUCAGAAAACAUG